CUUACGUUCUCUUUGAGCUCGGCUCGCCUCCCUGCACCGCCCCAAGAUGACUUUCUACUACCAGAAUCAGUGUGACGAUUCCUGCUACUCCCCGUGCAGCUACGGCAGCGUGUACAGCUACCGCACCUACGACUGCGGGAGCCCCUGCACUUACCGCACCUACGACUGCGGGAGCCCCUGCACUUACCGCACCUACGACUGCGGGAGCCCCUGCACUUACCGCGGCUCGGGGGUGCUGAGUGGCUACCGGGACUGCUACCCUUCCUACAGCUCCCGCUGCUACUCCCCCUGUUCCACGCGCUACACCCGCCGGUACAGCUUUGGAAGCUUCUACCCCUACUAUAACUGCUAAAGGUGAAAUACGAAGCAUGGCUAGAUGAGAAUUUGAGCUCCUGGGACACUGACUGCAGUCAGGAAUAGCACUAGAGCGCUUUCACCUCUCUCCAACCUCUUCAAGCAAUACUGCAUAACUUGCAUUAGGAUCAGCCCUUCCCUCGUAGCUUUUCAUUGUGCACAUGCUGCAUGUUUUGGUGCAGAGCUUUGCGCCAGGAGGUACAGAGCUCAGCCCCAAAGCAAAGCACUUGGUGCGAAGUGUGGAAACUGCACUUAUAGAAUGUAAUCAUCUCAGGAUGGUCCUCCUUUUCUGCUUAUCUGUACUUGCUGUAUACAUUGCUGCUUCUUCUCAUUAAAAGAUCUUGCAUCACAGCAUUGCUUUCUGUGUUUUUUUUAAUGUUCUGGUUUUCUUCUACUCUUGGUAUUAUUAAUGAUCUACCCAAGAUUUAGUCAAAAGGAGCCCCUAGCUUUUCAGAUCUGCAGGUUUAAGCAUCUGUGGAGUCCGAGCUGACAGAGGACAUAUCAGACAACCCAACUUUGUCUUCUUCAGGGCAGUCCUGAAGCUCACAUCCGUCUU